UCUCAAUUUUCAUCUUCUUCCUCAUCGAUCUUUAAUUUGUUCGUCCUCCAAUAUUAAUGUCUUCUUCUACAGAAAAUCGUAGACCCCUAUGGAGAGAGAUCCUAAUAUCAUCCACCCUCGUAAGAAAACCUAAUUCAGUACAUUUUCGUGCCCUUUCAAUCCUCUUCCUUUGGCCCAUCCUUUUCACUCUCAACGUAUAUCCUUCUUUCCACCUCUCCCACUUUCAUCCCGAUUACGAUUUCACCAUUUUCACUCAACUUUCCCUCUCUAAUUUUGAAAUUAUGGCACUUAUAAUGUGCACUCUGUUUUUGGUCCUGUUUUACCUCUGUACCAUAGCCACAUUUACAUACAGCGCCGUUCAAGCAUCCUAUGGUAGACCGAUCAACCUUGUUUCCUCUAUUAAAUCUAUCAAAAAUUCCUUCUUCCCUCUUCUCUCCACCUUUAUCAUUUCUCAUACCAUUCUCAUUUCAAUCACUCUCAUUUUCUCCAUAGUUUUAGCCCUCUUAUUCAGACUAAUUCAAUUCAAAUACAAUCUAAAUCACUUCAUUAUUUUCGCGUUAAUUGUACUCGUACCAAUUCUGGUUUGGCUACAGGUAAACUGGUCAUUAGCUUAUGUGCUAGCAGUGGUUGAAUCAAAACAGGGUUAUGAGACACUAAGGAGAAGCGCAUAUUUAGUGAAGGGGGUCAGAUCAAUAGCUUUAUCGAUGGUGCUAUUUUACGGGCUUGCGAUGGGAUGUUCAUUGGGUGGUUGUUCCAUUUAUUUAGUCAUCAUAGGUAAAGCAAAGGGCGAACAAUGGAGCUUCGUAAUGGUGAUAUUGUUGCAGAUAUUUCAGAGUUUAGAAGGCGCAUAUGUGAUGAUGAAUCAGUAUCUUGUCGGUAACGCUGUGUUGUAUACAUAUUGCAAGGACUUGAAUGACCAAAAAUUGUCCGGAGACAACGAAUUUGGCAGUGAAUAUGUAUCUCUCAUGGUGUGA